AUGCGUUUCCUUGUGUACAUCGGCUGGGUCUUGAACUCCAUUGUCUCUCUAGUAUCUGCCCAGGAUUAUGACUUUGGUGUCGAUGUGGUAUCUCUCACUCGCCGACAAGAUCCCAAUGCACCAAUCGUCGUCAGUCGCCUGCCGCUGGCAUCCAAUGGAAGCACACCCCUGAGACUCGAGAUUCGCGACGUCAAGGCAGACAAAUACAAAUGGGAUCUGUUCAUUCUGGCUCUGAGUAUGUUUCAGUCAGUCAGUCAGGACGAUCCCCUGUCGUAUUACCAAGUUGCUGGGAUACACGGUGUGCCCUUUGUGACAUGGAACGGUGUUGGACCAGCAGCAGGAGCGAGCCAGUCAGGCUACUGUCCACAUAGUUCAGUCCUAUUUCCAACGUGGCACCGGCCAUAUCUUGCCUUGUACGAGCAAGAGUUAUUCAAGCUUGCCGGUGCCAUUUCUCGCAUGUUUAACAAUGCAACUGAACGCUUGCUCUAUAUGCAAGCUGCCUCGGACUUUCGACUCCCAUACUGGGACUGGGCAUCUCCUGCACCAAAUGGUCAAAGUCACUUCCCAGAUGUCUUUUGGAAUUCUACUAUGACACAAUACGGCCCCAAUGGCGUUCAGAUUAUUCGAAACCCGCUGUACUCUUACUCAUUUCAUCCGUUGGAUGGAGAAGCACUCAUCUGGCCCCCGCUGCGAAGCUGGAAUGAGACAAAGCGAGCUCCAAAUACCGACAUCAGCGAACUGGAACCUCCUUCAAUGAACGACCAAGUGAACACAGCCUUGCUCGCCAAAUUACCAGAGAUACAGCAGCGAUUAUACAUACUCUUCUCCAGUUAUCACGAAUUCGAUUCGUUUAGCAACAAGAAUUACGCAAUCUCCCAGAAUCUCAGCUACCUGGACUCCAUCGAGGCUAUUCACGACAUUGUUCACAUAUAUGGCGGAUCUAGGGGCCAUAUGACCUAUGUUCCUCUGUCUUCUUUCGAUCCGCUCUUCUUUUUACAUCACGCCAUGACGGACAGAUUGAUAUCAAUGUGGCAGCUCCUCAAUCCCACGGCAUGGAUAACACCCCAAGUGUCUGGAGAGACUACAUACACAGCGUUGAAAGGAACGAUGCAAAACUCCAGCACACCUCUUACACCCUUCAUGUCUUCGGCCGACGGCACUUUCUGGGAUUCUGACAUGUCUAGAACAACUGAAGUGUUUGGCUACGCAUACGGAGACUCGUCAGCUCUGCCCGGUGACGGUGACAGCCCACGAAACAAGUUGAUCAGGAAGAUCAACAGAUGGCUUGGGAAGAACAGUCCGGCCAUGAUUCGGGUCAAGAGUCAGGCACAGCACCGGCGGCCCAACGACCAUUAUACAGAGUGGAUCGCAAAUGUACAUGUUAACCACGGAGCCUUGGGUGGCUCAUUCAGCAUUUACUUCUUUGCCGGCGACCCGUCAGACGAUGUCGACGCUUGGGGGGUUGCUCCAAAUCUCAUUGGAUCAGUGGGAAUCUUCACCAUGAGCGGAAUGAGCGGCUCUCAUUCUAAAAUUUCCGGAACAGUGCCGUUGACCAUGGCCUUGAUGAAGCUCGUUAACCUGGGAGCAAUCACAGACCUUGAACCAAAUUCAGUGGUCCCGUUUCUUCAAAAGACUUUGCACUUUCGCAUUGCUGGCAUCGAUGGGAAAGAGGUCAGCCCAGAGCAAGUGACGGGACUCUACAUCAGUAUCAGCAGCAGUAGGGUGAGAUUGCCCGAGAGCGAAGUUGAAUUCCCGGAUUGGGGUCGGCCGACGUUGAGGUUGGCAAUGUGGGAGUAG